UAGAAGCUUGUUGGGUAGAAGCAGCUGUUUCUUCAAAAUUGUACACAAGCAAACUAAAACAAUUCGCGAUUCUGAAAUGUGGCCCAAAUUGUGUCGACUUUGCGAGCGUCCAGUGGCCGACGGAGGCUACCUGGGCUCAGAGUUGGACAAGGAGAAGCUGGCUGAGUGGUGUUUGAACUUCUUGGGCACAACUUUAGCUGACCAGGUUGACGACGAGGAUAACUUUUGCUUCUACUGCGUUUCGGAUGCUAGGUUCCUAUUUGAAAAUGAGGGAGGCGUCGAAACUGAAUCGAGUUUUCCCAACCUUUGCUGGUGGCCUGAUCAAGCGGCGGAGACUCAUAUUAGAAAAUUACUAUACACAAAUUUUAAAGCUAACCAAGUUCUUCAAUGCUGGGUGCCUUUAGAGAAAGUAAAAGCAUCCAAACAAGACCAACAGAGUCAUCAAAUACGUUCUCGUAUGGGGAUGAAGCAAUCAAGUGUUGAAUGUUGUAUUUAUUGCAACCAAAACUUAUCUCGGGCGUCUUUGCUGGCGCACGUGCGGUUACUUCAUGCAGAUGUUAUGCUAAGAUGUAAUUAUAAUGCAAAUAGAAACUGUGUGAUAUUUUUUAAAACAAUCGAAUCUCGAGACAAUCACGUCAAAGAAGUUCACCUGAAACCAAAAGAAAUUAAACUCAGUGACUGCAUUUACUGCUCCAAGCCAAAUUUAACAAAAAGUGAUUUGUACAAUCACAUCAAAUAUUACCAUUCAAAAAUUGCUAUUCGCUGUACAAAAUUUAAGUGUGCUCAAUAUUUUUUUAGUCAAGCAGAACUAACGAGACAUUUUGAGGAAAAUCAUGUGCUAAUCGGUGGAAAAGAAUUCAGUUGCAAAAUGUGUAAUUUCAAAACAGACCAAAAAGCUCACUGGAAAAACCACAUGGAUAGGUGGCACAAAAAGACGCAGUAUGUUCAAUGCCCUCACCCUAAUUGCAAAUCUAUGGUAAGGAAGCUUAAUUUAAGAGCUCACAUCACCUCAUUUCACAAAUUAAAAAAGUGUCCUUUCUGUUCUUUACAAAUAGGGGUUCAUAGCUUCAGUAAACAUUUGAUGAAAAAGCUUUGCAAAACAUGCGGCGAUGUGUUUGUAUGUUUGGGAUUGUUUAACAAACACCAAUUAGUGUGCAAAGGUAAAUUAAAAAUAUUAAAGUGUGACAUGUGUCCAAAGGUUUUUGGAAUAAGGGCGGCCAUAACCCAACACAUACUGCAACAUUUAAGGAAACAAUUCAUAAAUCACCAGAAACCGCAGAGACCUACCAAAUAUCAAUGUAAAAUAUGCUCUAAUUACUUUCCCAGUUCUCGUACUUUGCGUCUCCAUUUUGAAAAAAUGCAUUCAACCACUAGAAAAAAAAUUUGUUGUGCUCAUUGUGAUAAGAGGUUUUUAAACAAAUGUAGUUUGCAGAACCACCUAUCAAUGGAUCACAAUCUAAUUGAUAAGUCCAAUACAUGUCAAUAUUGCGGCAAGAAUUUCUACUUACUUUCAAAUAUGAAAUCGCACAUACAGACUAAGCAUACUAGGGAAUCUGUUGACAGUCAUAUUUGUGGCAAAGUGAUUCUAAGAAAGCGUUUCCGUAAUCAUUUGGCUUACCGGCAUUUAUUAUUUUAAGUAGGAAAAAUUUGCUCUUGCAAAAUGUAACAUAAAUUUGAGAAUAGAUUUUCACUUACUUGACAAUGUCAUUCUUUUUUUAAAUAUAAUAAAAAUAUAUAUAUGAUAUAAUAAAUAUUUUAAACAUUUUUGAACAUUUUUCUUAACAGUCAUCAUUUUCAUUAUUUCAUUAAUGAUCUUCGCCAAUCUUUGUUUUGAGCGUGUAAUGAGCCAGUG